CCGGUUGGUGGCCGACAGUCGUUCUCGAGCUUUGACAGGACGUAGACGUGUGUUACGAGCUCUCAAAGUUUUCGUGAAAACUCAAUUCUUAGUGACUUUCUCGUUAGACAAGAUAGUCCUUUUAAUUAUUUUCACUUUUGUGAUAUAAAUGAACUCAAGAGGUACCUAUCGCGAAUUCUAUACAUCAUCUGAACAUGGUGAUCCAAAAAGCUUGCCUCCUGCUUUUCUUUGUGUCCCUGUCGAAUUCUGCAGAGAUCCUACGUGAGUGCGAUAAGGAUAUCGAUUGUGGCUCUGGUUAUUUUUGUUUCCUCUCUUAUUGUGAACGAUGCAUUCCCUGCGAUACCCAUUUCAAUCGCCAGCCGGCGCGAUCGUUGACCGGUCUACCUAUUUGUGCCAAAUACGAAGAUGAUUGUGGAGUUUGCCUACCAGGAUAUCAAGCUGACGAUUUAACUGAUCAACGGCGAUCGAUGACAUGCUUUCCAUUAAACGAAACGGUCUCGACAUCUACUGGUUUUUGGUGGACGGGAAUCGUGUGGAUAGCGUCCGUUCUUUUUUUGACGAUGGCUUUCAUCAUCUGCUUUCUCAAAUGUCGUCGUGUACCAACUGUUUCGAACAACAAGGAUUCCGAAUUGCGUCCUUCUGCUCCGCCACUGUACUCCCUGUACAAUCCAAGACUCACUGAUGAGACGGAUGGCCUAAUUAUGUCGGAACCGAUUAGAUCCUCCGAAAGGGUAGUUAUUCAAGAAAACGAAGGACAUUGCACUGAAGCUAUCCCACUCGACUACUACGACAUUUUAAACAAUCGUCUACACGACUCGGAUGUAGAUCCGGAAGAAGAGGCUCCUGUUCCAGUUCAUGUAGCUGUUGAUUCCGAAGUCGAUGAUGAAUCUAAUCUGUCGACUGAGACAAUUCCUUCACCUUGGGAACCGACACCUUCGAUGUCGGACAUAUCCAAGAAUUUCUUUAGAAGUCAAUCAUUGGAAAGAGUGCCUAGGCCGGCAUCUACAAGUCAGCUAGUCCGUUUGCCAAGCGAUCCGGAGAUCCUUUCGAGCAGAAGAAGCAUAUCUUCUGCUGGUGAAAGCUAUAGUCAUCGUCACGUCCGCCUCAGCCAGUACCGAUCGGAAUCACAAACAAUAAAUCAAUCAGUUCCCUUUAUUCCAGAAUCGUCAAAGUCUAUAGCAGACUGUGAAUCCGAAGAUGAUUUACGUCGACGUGACUCUCGUUCGUCUGAUACAUUUGAUGACGAUCCGGAGCCAGAAGCACCGGAAGCUUUCCUUGCGGUGAACGAUGAUCCCAGUUUUCCAUCUGUCAUUCGGGAUGUGUCAUGGCCUCGCCAAUCAAGAGCUAUGCAGAACAUCUCCCGUUUCCUUGGAUCCAUUUCGAGUGAACCUUCCAAUGGUCAAGGUUCGCAGGAUUCUGGAUUUCAAGAUCAAUCCCGAAGACGUUCAAGAACUAACGAAGAUUUAUUAGAAGAGAACCACAUUGCCCUUAGUGCAAAAAAGCGGCGCAGAAACUGCUCAGAGAAUGAAUAACUCGAAAUUUCUUGAAGUGCCAUACAUAUGUUAUCUUUACCUGAUGCCACACUGAAUCGUUUUCUUGCUCAUAUUUAUAAAUGGUGGCAAUCAACAGUUGUGAUUUUACGUUUUUAAUUAAGUUGCUUUUCCUUUUUAUGAGAAAAUAUACUGGUAAAGUGACAACUGCGA